AUGACAUGUGCACAUAAACAAACAGUUUGGCACUUCAUACUCUGUGGUGAGUUGAUGUGGUAAAAUCGGUAAAAUUCCACGUCUGUUAAAUUUCAUGUUGCUGGUUUGCAUCCGACAGAGGAUUUUCCAACAUUUUAAAAUUGCUGUCGCGUACGCAUCAAUCAUGCUGAGAAUUUUGAACUGAGUUAUUUCGAUCGCGCAAAACUUCCGGAAGUGGUUUGAUUGGUUUACUUGACAAAGCUGAGAACAUGGCUGCUUACCGUCUAGUUUCGGUGUUGCUGGUCUUGAUAGGAUUGUUGCACUAUAGUUCGGCCCAUGGUUGGGGUUCGGACGAUAUGGAAAUUUUUGAUCUUGUCGAGGAAGUGAACGAAAACUUUUAUGCUUUAAUGCAAAUUAAUCAGAAUGCUACCAGCCAGGAAAUUAAGCGAGCGUUCCGAACUCUAUCGGUGGUAAUGCAUCCAGACAAAAGCGAUGCUGAGGAUGCGAACAUAAAGUUUCGUAAUCUAGUGGCUGUUUAUGAAGUGCUGAAGGAUGCCGGUAAAAGGGAAAAGUAUGAUCGAGUACUUAAAGAAGGAUUGCCAAACUGGAAGUCGGCUUUAUAUUACUAUCGACGUGUACGACAGGUUGGAUUGGCCGAGGGUGCCGCUAUUUGUCUGAUCGUGGCAACUGUAAUGCAGUAUUUCAUAGCUUGGGCAGCUUAUGCUGAAAAAAAGUACACCGCCGAGCAACUGUUCGGGACUAAACUGAAAAAGCUGCAGAAGAAAAAUAAAACGAAUGUCGAUAUCGAUAUGAUAUUGAAGGAAAUUCCGACUCCCAGCGUAUGGAACACGUUACCAUUCCAAAUUCCAAUAUGGAUCUGGCGUACCGUUACGGGUACUCCAGGAGCUGUUAGGUCCGCUGUGAAGUUUUAUGCAGAGCAGAAAAAAAUAGAGGAUGAGCGCAAGCUAAAGGAAAAAGAAGAAGAAGAGCUUCAGCGCAAGUUAGAAGAAGAGCGUGCUCGCGAGAAAGAAAACCGCAUUUUACGGCGACGGAAUAAGAAAUUUGUUGCUCCAGAGAAGACGGAUGAAGAGUUGGCCGCAUAUACGCAGAGUAUUAUAAGUAAAACCCCAGAGGAGUGCACUAUGACUGAAAAGGGUCGUCCUGGAGCUAAACCGGUGGUUAGUGGUGGUCUAUGGACUGAGGAGGAUUUGAUUGAAUUAGUGCGAUUGGUGAAAAAAUAUCCCGGUGGCACGACCGACCGAUGGGAGAUCAUAGCGGAAAUGAUGGGUCGUUCGGUGUCGGAAGUAACCUAUAUGGCAGCUAAGAUGAAGGAAAGUGGAUAUAAGGUAACCGGCCAAACCGAUAGCGUGGCGGAAAUUAUCGUGCAGGAAGCUAGUAAGCAGAAAGUGAAGACGAAAAAGACUGAAACGAUCUUGGCGGAUGAAGCGGAUGUUAUUACUAGCUGGACGCAAGCAGAACAGGCGGCACUGGAAACAGCUAUUCAGAAAUAUCCAAAAAGUGGAUCUGCCGAUCGCUGGCAAAAGAUUGCCAACAACGUACCCGGGAAGUCCAGGGAGGAAUGCAUAGCUCGCUACAAAUAUUUGGUGGAACUUGUAAAAAAGCAGAAAGAAAGGGAAACGACAGAGGCUGCUGAAGUUGUGGAAAACAAAGCAGAAGAAUGUCCUGCAGUCGAACAUAGUGAGGAACCUGUAGAGAACGGUAAAGCCAAGACGAAGUCAACGAAGGCCCAAAAAUUGAAUGAACCAACGUCAGAUCGCGUCUGUGAGGAAGACACGGAAGAAGCUUCAGCUACGAGGAAAGCAAUUAUGACAGGAGGAAAAGCAAAAAACAAACGACGGGAGCGGAAAAAAGCCAUCGGAUAUUACAACUAUGAAGAUUCCCAGGAAGGAAGUGAUGCCGGGGAAAUUUAGUCUGCCGGUAGUUUACAUACUGUAUUGAACAUUUCACGGUUGGAUAAUUCAAAAUAAAGCUAGCCUAAAACCAUCGCACAAACAAGAUAAAUAUCGCAGUUUCAUCUAGUCUGAUGACUCCGCUCGUGACUGCUGUUGUGGAUUCUACGAAUGUGAACAUUCAGCUGUUAAAAUAAAUUGUUCAGAUACUGAGCUGCUUUCAUUGUCUCACGACAGAGUUUUGAACUGAUACCAUUACAGGAGUCGAGUAGACUCAACGCGACCAUGUAUUUCCAAUGAGACAAGCUGCUCGUCAAAGUUUCUUUAAUAUCACCCAUAAUCAGGAUUGCUAGUUGAAUCAGAAUCAAAAUGUAUGGUUAUAAUACAGUUCGAUCGCAAUUUAAACUAGCAAUUCUGAUCAUAUUGCUUCUGUCGGAGUUAAAAAAAAAAAAGAACAGCAGAAAGUGGCAUCUUUUGCCAAUAAAACACCUAUGCAAAGUUUCAGUCAAAUCGAAAAUGACAAUUGAAAAUAGCAUUUAAUGCUAUGGUAUAUUUUUUUUUUUGUGAAAUUACACGUAUACCGAACUCAGAAAAAAUGAAA